GACAGCCCGGCUGCCGGGGGAUGUCCCCCACACGGGCGGCCUUGGCCAAGGAGGCAGGCAGGAAGAGACAAUGUCACUGAGUGCAACCAGCGAUCGCUAAGUAAACACGAGGCCCCUCGGGACUCGGGCCCACAGACGCCACGUCUCUUCCCAGGGAGCACACAGCCCAUCCAGGCUGGGAUGGACACACCCCUCGUGUGCGACUACGGCUCAGGCUUCAGCAAGGUGGGCUUUGCGGGCACGGAGGCCCCCCUGGGCGUGUUCCCCACCCUCCUCGGGAAACUUCGGCAAGACAAUCUGCUGGCGGGCGUGGAGAAGGAAGACUGCUUCCUCGGGGACGAGGCUCAGCAAAAGCGAGGGGAGCUUAGCCUGCAAUAUCCCGUCUCCCGGGCGGCCAUCACGAGCUGGGACAACAUGGAGAAGAUCUGGCACCACUCCUUCUACCAGGUGCUCCGUGUCGCCCCGGAGGAGCACCCUCUCAUGAUGACGGAGCCGCCUCUGACCACAGCGUCCAACAAAGAAAAGGUGUCGCAGAUCCUGUUUGAGACCUUCAACGUGCCCGCCCUGUACGUAGCCAACCUGGGAGUCCUUUCUCUCUACGCCUCCGGCCAGACCUCCGGAACAACCGUCGAAUCUGGAGAAGGGAUGACGUACGUUGUGCCCGUCAUUGAUGGCUGUCCUUUGCCUCAGUCAACUGUCCAGGUGGACUUGGCAGGCCAGGACCUAACCAUGUUCCUCCUGCAGCUGCUGACCCGCAGUGGACACUCGUUGGUGACCACAGGUGAGCUGGAGUACAUCCGGAGCAUAAAAGAGCAAUACUGCUACGUGGCCUUGGACUUUGACAGGGAAAAAAUAAACACCGACUCGCCUUCCUACGCGCAGAAAUGUCAGCUGCCCGAUGGCCAGGAGGUCACGCUCGGGCAGGAGAAGUUCCUCUGCCCCGAAGUGCUUUUCCAGGCAGACCUCAUAGGGAGGAACGACCUGGGCAUCCACAUGAAGGCCUUUCAGAGCAUCAGCUCCUGCAGUCGCGACUUCUGGAAGGUUCUCUUCAGCCACAUUAUAUUGUCCGGAGGUACCUGCUCCUGUCCCGGCCUGCGGUUCCGGAUGCAGAGAGAACUAUCCAGCCUGGUCUCCCCUAGCAUUAGUGUGAAGGUAUCCACCUGCCCCUAUUCCACGUACAGCGCCUGGAUGGGCGGCUCCAUCCUGUGCUCGCUCUCCACCUUCAAGGACAUGUGGGUCACCAGCCAGGAGUAUCAGGACAUCGGUUCCUCUGUCAUCAGCAGGAGAAGCUUCUGAUUUGUGGCUUUGUGGAUGCCGUCUCCUGGCCUGUCCAUGCCAACUCCUCCUUGGCUGCAUUGA